AACACUGUAAGUGCGUGUGAGCUGAACCGAGUUCGUGUGUGAGAUGUUCGGAUCUCUCCUCCUUCACACUUCCUUAAACAAGCGCCCGCACUCUCCUUUCUCCGAGGUCGCAGAUCCUCUUGUCCGUGUGUGUGUCGUAGACUCAUGUCGUGUCUGAGGACUGUCUCAAAAGUGUGUAUGCUGAGGGGCUGAACUCAAGCCCCCAGUGACCAUAGAGGGAGGCUGUUUAUUCCCCCAGAGACCCCAAUGCAGAUGGUGAGUGCAGUGAGGGGAAAAGUUUAUGACAGCUCUUCUGUUUUCGCUUCACGGCUGCCCCAUGGAGCUAUCUGGUUUCUCGGAUGCAGCCAUACAGACUUUUUGCCGGGCUGUUUGACUCUAAUGUACUUGCAUCGGACAGAGUCACGUUCCGGAUUGAUUUUUGGAUCACGUUGAAUCCUGCACCGGUCUCGAGUCACGUACUGGAUUUGUUUAGGGUUUUAUUGGAUUUUUGUUCCUGCGCAUUUCUGUGGACGUUCACUGGAUAGCCGUUUUAAAGACAGGUCUGUGCGCUUGAUCAUGGAAGAGCAGGCUAGCAGCGCGGGCAGCAGUCCUCAGCACGGCCGCGGAUCAGCCAAGCUGGAGGUCCUCCGCUGCGGGUGGCUCCGGAAACAAGGAGGCUUCGUCAAGACCUGGCACACACGUUGGUUCGUCCUCCGAGGAGAUCAGCUCUAUUACUACAAGGAUGAGGAUGAGACCAAAGCUCUGGGCACCAUUUUCCUACCUGGCAACAGAGUCACUGAACAUCCCAGCAAUGGAGAGGAAGGUGGAAAGUUCCUUUUUGAAGUCAUCCCAGGGGGCGACAGGGAGCGAAUGACAUCCAAUCAUGAGACAUAUCUGCUUAUGGCCAGCACACAAAAUGACAUGGAGGAUUGGGUGAAGAGCAUCCGCAGGGUGAUAUGGGCUCCGUUUGGAGGAGGGAUCUUUGGACAGAAGUUAGAAGAGACAGUUCGAUAUGAGCGUCGUUAUGGCAACAAGAUGGCACCCAUGCUGGUGGAGCAGUGUGUGGACUUCAUCCGCAACUGGGGUUUACGUGAAGAAGGCCUGUUUCGUCUGCCAGGACAAGCCAACCUUGUCAAAGAGCUCCAGGACGCUUUCGACUGUGGAGAGAAGCCAUCUUUUGACUGUAACACAGACGUUCACACCGUGGCAUCCUUGUUGAAGCUGUAUCUGAGAGAGCUGCCAGAGCCCGUCAUCCCGUUCUCCAAAUAUGAAGAGUUUCUGGCCUGCACCAAACUCCUCAGUAAAGACCAGGAAGCGGGAAUGAAGGAAUUAAGAAGACAAGUAGAAGCUUUACCUGUGGUGAACUACAAUCUGCUUAAAUACAUAUGCAAGUUUUUGGAUGAAGUUCAAUCCUACUCAGGUGUGAAUAAAAUGAGUGUACAGAAUCUGGCUACAGUCUUUGGGCCUAAUAUUCUGAGGCCAAAGGUUGAGGACCCAGUGACUAUAAUGGAAGGAACAGUGCUGGUCCAGCAGCUGAUGGCUGUUCUGAUUGGUCAACAUGACGUUCUUUUCCCUGCCGAAGAGGAGCACUCUAGCACCCUGGAAUUGGUCAAUAAUAACAAUAAUGAGACCCAGAAACAGCCUACCAAUGGCCAGCUUCAAAACAAAGAGAACAAUAACACCACCGGGGCACGACAGUGCACUUGGGAUGCCCCCGAAUCACCCAACCGCACUCCUCUGGACAAUGGCUCACCCCGUUCGGGAAGCCCACGUAAUGGUUUUACAGGACAGAAAUUCGAGGUGACCCGCAGUCCACCAUUAGCGGUAAAAAAGAAUCCAGCUUUCAGCAAAGGUAGCGGGAUUGUCACCAAUGGAUCAUUCAGCUCCUCUUCAUCAUCCUCCGGUGACGCCAGUCAAGACAAAACCCAGACUCUACCCAAUAUGGGAACGCUCCAUGCCCGUCGUACUGGUGCGAUAAAGGGCUCAGGCACCAAAAUGGGCGUUCAAAAUGGUGUGGUCAGGAUGGGUGUAUCCAGCACGGAUGUAACUAAUGGGACUAUAAAUGCGAGAAAUGGACUCUGGGUUCCUAAUGGUCACGUCACAAUGCGCGAUGGGAAAAGUCGAGAACCUGAGCACCAGCAAAACCGCCUGUCCACUUACGACAACGUACAAAUCCACCAACAACAGAUGACGCAGCCUAGCCUGAGCAGCAGCUGUGAGGACAAGCAAAGCGUUGAUAGCGCCACAUGGUCCACUUCCUCUUGCGAAAUUUCCCUGCCAGAAAACUCAACCUCAUGUCGCUCCUCUACGACCACAUGCCCGGAGCAGGACUUCUUCGGCAGCAACUUUGAGGACCCUUUGCUGGACGGGCCGGUGCAGGAGGAGAACAGACUGGCGCUGGAGGACAGGGAGCAGCGGACCAGUAAUGGAGGAGGCAGGGGAAGCAGAGGAACCAGCAACAGCAGCGAGAACAGCGAUACGUUUCCUGUCACCAAUGGACCGACCAAUCACAGCGCACUGCACAGCCUGGUUUCCAGUCUUAAACAGGAAAUGCUCAAGCAGAAGAAUGAAUAUGAGGCCAGGAUCAAGAGUCUUGAACAUCGCAAUCUGGAGCUGGAGGCGGUGAUGGCGAAUCUGCACGAAGAGCUGGACCAGGAAAAGAAGAAAUACACCAUGGUGGAAAUCAAGCUGAGGAACGCCGAGCGAGCCAAAGAUGACGCGGAGAAGAGAAACGAGAUGUUGCAGAAAGAGAUGGAGCAGUUCUUCUCCACCUUCGGAGACCUGACCGCAGACCCACGACGACCUGACCGAGCAAACACCAUCUGGAUUCAGUGAGGCCUGUUUUUAAAGUUAUCUUGUUACAUAAUGUUGGUCAUAUUUGAACAGGACACUUUAUUAAGCUUCAGCCUCUCCUCAGCAUGGCACGUUUGGUGCCACACAGCUGAGUGAAGCCCAUUGAGCCAAAUUGUCAGCUGAAUGUGGACCAGUUUUUGGAUUGAACCCGUUUAUGAAGAGAGACGAUGGAUGAUGAGGUGAGGAGAGCGUUAAAAUGAACCAUUAGAUGAUGGCAAAUUCUCGAAGGACGUCAGGAACACGAAUGUCACUCGUAUUUCUUCUUGUGAUCUAACCAAAUGUGUCCUUGAGCUGUCGCAUUUGUUCUCGUGUACAUAAAAAAAUGCGAAAAUUCCAUGAUGUCUGUAUAAAUGCUAAUUCAUGUUCAAUGGACGUACUGAUAUUUAAAGCGGAGAAUUCUCCAUGUGUUACAUAUAGGUUUUAUAUCAAGGCUUUUCCUUGCACUUAAAGCGUUAUGAGUUGCUAUGCUGUUUUCUGGUAUGGUACGACGAAGUAUGAAAUGUGGCCAACGUUGGAAUAUCGUUCUGUCUGAUCGGUUUUGUUUUGCGUAAGUUAUCAUGGGAAAUAUUCAUCAGUAUACAAAUAGGAUGUCUUUUAACUUCACUGUAACAGAUUUUAUGGAAGCGUCUUGCCUUAAAAUGGUAAUUAUUAAAUACAUUUCAGACUUUUCUCUGAAUUGCAGGUUUAUAUCUCACAAUUGCACGUCGUAAACAUCACAACUCUAAGAAAAAAGGCUUUUAUGUUGGGUAAAGUUUUAAACAAUUUGCUAAGUCAGAAUUGUGAAACACAAACUUAGAAUAGUGAAAGUGUCAAAGUUCUGAAGAAAAGUCUAAAUUGCGAAAA